CACCAAAAUACGGAAGAAAAAAAAAGUGAAAAAGCCAUGAACACCCAACACCGGUUGUUCCUCGUCUCUCUCGUCUUACAAAUAUUACUCUUCCAACUCCAACCAACCCCAACCGUCGGAGACCCAACUCCCGCCGCUCUCGCACCCACACCCAAAACCAACGGCACAGAAUUCAUCCGCACGAGCUGCGGCACAACGUUGUACCCCGACCUCUGCUACCACUCCCUGUCCCGUUACGCCAGCGCCGUACAACAAAGCCCGGGUCAGCUCGCCAAAGUCGCCAUAGGCGUGACUCUCUCCAAGGCUCGCCGCAUGGCUACCUACGUCUCCACUUUGAUUCGCCAGGCCGAGUAUGGAACGGACCGCAGAGCCGCCGCGGCUCUGCACGACUGCUUCACCAAUUUCGGCGACGCGGUCGACGAGAUCCGCGGCUCGCUGAAGCAGAUGGGUCAGCUCGGAGCCGCGGGUUUGGGAGUGGACUCGUUUAGGUUCCAAAUGAGCAACGUGCAGACGUGGAUGAGCGCCGCCUUGACCGACGAGGACACCUGUACGGAUGGGUUUGAAGGUGUGGCCGAUGGGUCGUUAAAGAGUGACGUGUGUGAUCGGGUGAUGAAGGUACAUAAAAUCACGAGUAAUGCGCUUGCUUUAGUGAACAGCUAUGUUGCCAAGGAGACACCUUGAUGUAUGAUGUAUGAUGUAUGUUCAUGGCUUUUUAAGCAGAGAGUUAGAUAUAGUCAUGUAGAUGAU